AGUGAUUGCGUUUCUCCUUGCAUUGUGGAGUUGAAGAAAAUCCCGAGACAUGCGUACUUGGUUGUUGGACAUAAUGGCCUUGGGGAAUUCAGUCUGUGGGAUGUAUCAAAGCGCAUUUUCUUGUCUAAGUUCUCUCAUCCCAAUCCUUCAGUUUCUACCUUCCUUCCAAUCAGCUUAUUUAGAUGGAGAAGGCAAGAUUUUAUUUCAGGUGAAAGAAAUUUAGAGAAGCAUGUCGAUGUAAUUAUGAAAGCACCAUGAAGGGCUUCUCAGGGCAUGAUGCGACCCACACCUUUCUUCAUUUGGAAGAGGAGGAUAUUGCUUUUUGGCUUCUAGUUGCUGCUGUUUCUGACGUUGAACAUGACUAUUAAUCAAAUGCUCGCCGAACAGAUUCAGUUGUAGGAUGGAGACUAGCUCUAUUGGCGGAGAAAAUGCUUAUCUUGGGAAAUACGUUGGAUCAAAGGGUCGCUUCAGUGGGUGUAUUAACUGGUCAAGGGAUCAUUGCUACAAAUGACGGACAUGUUUACAUGUGGGAGUUAUCUACUGGAAAAAGAUUGGGGAUUCUUCAUCAUUUCCUAGGUGGCAGUGUCUCUUGUAUUGCUGCAAUGAUUCUACUCCAGCUGUCUUUGCAGCUGCUGGUGAUGGACGGAAGUUACUGGUUUAUAGGCAUUCUCAGUUUAAGGCAAUGGACAGGAAAUGAUGCAACCAUGGUUUGGGUCUUCCCACGCUUCAGGAUUCUUUUUGCAAGUGAUUUCAGAUCUCCCAUGUCCUCGAUGGCGAGACUGAUUAUGGGAUUCCAUAGACUCGCUAACUUUUUGCUGUCAAGGAAUCGGGAUGCUCCAGUCCAGACAUCUGAUUUUUGCAAAAUCUCUGAAGGUGGUUUCUCAAAGCAUGUAUUCCGUAACUGUUCGAUAGAAACAGGUGAUCAAGCCGCCAUUUGGUCAACAAGAGUGCUCUUUACCCAACUUGCUUUGUGGUCGAAGAUCUUUCCCAACUUUAGUCUGUGCAAUUCACUUUUAAAGCUACCCAGAGGGUUGUAAUUGUGAAUAAUAUACGUAACUGAUAUGAUUGGGGCAUAGUUGGCUAGUUGGUAUGCCUCCCUUUGACAGCUCUUCCCGGAAUGAGUCAAGCAUGAUGCAUGUGGUGUGAUUAAGGGCUCUCGAACUUGUGUGUCAAACCAAGUCUACUAAGGGUGAUCGGUUUCGGGCUGGGUAGGCUCUAAACUUGAAACUUGGA